CGUCGCCCCCACCUUCCCCUCCCUCAAGGCCCAGGACAGAGACGUCCUCCUCCCCCUUCUCCUCCUCUUUGGUGCUUCCAGCCAGGAGGCGGGAGUGACCCACAGCAGCUGACCCAGCUCGGGCACUGCCUCUCCCACAGCCCUUAGGACACACCAUGGGCCCCGGGGCUGGUUUGUGGCACACUAGCGAGGACGCAGGCGGCAGCCCCGGAGACUCUCAACUGCCUCCCUGACCACUGCGACAACAUCGCCGAAGCCAUCGCCACCACCUAGAGGCAUCUAGCCGCGGCAAACUCAUCCCCACUACGGACUACCAGCUACGUAAACAACUAUGGCGGGAGAGAGGUGGCAGGCCGAGGGGCUGGGAGAAGGAUGGGCCAUCUACGUCACACCCAGAGCCCCCAUCCGGGAGGGAAGACAGAGGCUCGCCCCUCAAAAUGGCGACGGCAGUGACGCGCCUGCGUACGGAACUCAUCCGUCGCGCCACGGACGACGGGAAGUGAGGUUUUCAGAAGAGCCGCCAGAAGUGUACGGCGACUUCGAGUCCCGGGCGGCCAAAGAAAGGUCUCCGGGGAGGAGACGAACCCCGCCAGAAAAGUUCCGACCGGAUUCUGCGAAAGAGGAAGUGAGAGAAAGCACUUACAAUCUUCGGUCUCGACAACGGAGGCAGCAGGGGCCUCAGGAAGCCGAAGAGAUGAAGACGCGGAGGUCUACUCGUCUUGAGCAGCACUCACAGCAGCCGCAGCUGUCUCCGACUACGAGCGGACGAGGGUUACAGGACUCUCAGUCCUCAAGCGAGGACCGCAGAGAGGAUGAACCUUCUUCCCAACCUGUUAGAAGCCAAACAGUCUCAAAGAAAACUGUUAGAACACCAGAGACUUCAGUGAUGAGUGAAGACCCUAUAAGUAACUUAUGCAGACCCCCAUUAAGAAGCCCAAGACCUGAUUCAACAUAUCAAACAAAUGGAAAUGCUAAAAUGAGUGAAAGAGAAGCUACCGUUGUCCAACAGGUCAAUUUCUUUGAAGAAGGAGAGACCGAAGAUGAUCUCGAGAGCUCUUACAGUGAUAUGACUCUCAGGGUCAGAUCCAGGGAUUCUCUUGAGGCUAGAGAUGAAGCUGCCCAAGCAGCUUGUCAUCAUCCAGAAUCACCGUGGGGAUUACCACACAGUCAGAACUUCCCAGCUCAUGAGAAUCAGCCUUCACUGCUGACCUCAGGAUGUCAGAGAAACCCUCGGGAGUGGGUUGACCAAGCUAUAAGAAUGCGGGCUAGAAUGGCAUAUAACAACAUUCAGAAUUCAGACUUUGGAAACCAAUCUCCAUCAACCUCCAGGCAACAAGCAGCUGUACAACCCCUAAAUAAAUCUUCUGUCAAGAUAAAAUGGUGGCUGCUGGGACUUGUUGCCAUCCUUGCCAUGGGGAUAUUUUGGUUCCUUCAUACCCCUGCAGUAGAAACCACUGCCGUUCAAGAGUUCCAGAACCAGAUGAAAGAACUCCAGUCUAAGUACCAGAGUCAAAAUGAGAAGCUGUGGAAGAGAGGCACAACAUUCCUAGAAAAGCAUCUGAAUAGCUCCCUCCCUCGGCCCCAGCCUGCCAUCCUGUUGCUCACUGCAGCUCAAGAUGCUGCAGAAGUGCUCAGGUGUCUGAGUGAACAAAUUGCCGACGCCUACUCCUCCUUCCGUAGUGUCCGUGCCAUCCGGAUUGAUGGGGCAGGUAAAGCUGCUCAAGACAGUGACCUUGUCAAGCAUGAAGUUGAUCAGGAGCUGACUGAUGGGUUCAAAAAUGGCCAGAAUGCAGCUGUGGUACACCGCUUCGAAUCCCUGCCUGCUGGCUCUACCUUGAUCUUCUAUAAAUACUGUGACCACGAAAACGCAGCCUUCAAAGAUGUAGCCCUCGUCCUGACUGUGCUGUUGGAGGAGAAGACACUGGAAGCCAGUCUAGGCCUAAAGGAAAUUGAAGAGAAAGUGAGGGAUUUCCUUAAAGUCAAGUUCACCAGCUCUAGCACGGCCAGCUCCUACAACCACAUGGACCCAGACAAGCUGAAUGGGCUCUGGAGCCGCAUCUCCCACCUCGUGCUGCCCGUGCAGCCUGAGAGCGCCCUGCAAGCAGGCAGCUGCUUAUGAGGGAGACAAGUGGAAAUCCCGUCUCGAGUUUGAACAGUCUUCAGACUUUGUAACCAGAGACAGAUUUUGGAGCAGUUUUUGAAAACUGGUUUCUUUUUAAAGGAAGUAAAGUUCAUACAUACAGGUGGAAUAACUAAAUCAUUUGUGCAGCCUAAUUAUCUGUGAUUUCAGAGAAUCCUUUCUCUAUUUCCACUAAGAACCAUGUUAAAGGUGUUUAGCAUAGUGUACAGUAUAUGCAGUUCCCAAGUGUCUGCCUUGAUAGUGCACAGUAUAUGCAGUUCCCAAGUGUCUGCUUUGAUUGUGGCCGAAUCAUUCUUGCUGGGAUGUGACCAGUGAGAAGGACUAGGUUCCUCUCUCAGAGAAUCAGCUUUAUACUUAAAUUCGUUUGUUUGUGUUUGUGACCUUAUUCAUGGCUGACAGCUCCCUAGUUGGAGCUGUGAAUUUCCUCAUUAGUUUUUCUCUCAUAGCAUUUAGAUGUGUGAUCCUUAGCUUCUACCUAUAAAAACAAAACUGGGUGUGCAGUUUAGCCAGUUCCUCCCCCCACUGGUUUUUAGAGAGGGGAGAAGGGGUUUGGAGGUAGAAAGUGAAGAGAAAUUGUUUAAUAGAGAAGGAAAAGGAAGGGAAAAAAAGAUAGCUGCAAGCUGGGCAUGGUAAGCCACGCCUGUGAUCCCAGUGCUGUCUCGGUAGUCAAGUCAGGAGGAGCAGAAGUUCAAGGCCAGCCUCAUCUGUAGAGUGAGUUUUCUGUCACCCUGGACUACAUGAGACACUAUCUUAAAAAAAAAAAAAAAAAAAGAUUAAAAAGUGUUCAAAAUCAAAUGUUACUUUAAAAAGGAAGAACAUAAAAGUGACAUAGAACAGCCACUGAGAGGUGGUCACACAGGCACGCCUAGGCUGCGGGCCUCGGACUGUUACAAUUUGCUUUUUACGCUUCUGUUCUUGGUGUGAGGCUAAAGCUCAGUUGUAGAGCAUUUGCCCAGCCUGUGCAAUACCCUGGGUUCUGUGACCAGCAUACCACAUGCCUGUAAUCUCAGCACUCAUCACAUUGAGGUUGUAGUAUCUUGAAUUCAAAGCCAGCCUGGAAUAUUUUUAUAUGUGUAUAAACACACACACACACACACACACACACACACACACACACAUAUAUAUAUA